AAGAUUUAUAAGAUGGUAAUAUUCUGCCAUGUAAUAAGUAUUCAUUUCUGUGCUGUUGGUAAUGGGUAAUUCAAUUCAGUUCAAUUGUAUAUCGAUUUAAUACGAUGUUCAUUUUAAUAAAAGAGUUCAAUUUCUACAAAGCUGUAUAUCGAUACUGACAGCUACUUUACUGUGCUAAGUAAUAAAUAUUAGUUUUUAAGCUGUUGGUAAUGUGUGAUUGUACAUCGAUUAACUUGAAUCUCUACGACACUCAUUUGUUAAUGUGACUGAAAAAAGAGCGGGAUGUUGUUGUUAAGUAUUACGUUUCCAGAUAGUUUGCAUCGUACAUUGGUGGUGUUCAGUUUUCGUUUUCAGGUGAAGUUUAUGUACCGAGUUCAAAUCUCGCCUUAGUACCUGCUCUUUUUCGUAGUUUCAGUGCUUUUACAGGCAAAUGUAGGGACAUCAUCUCAAAGAACGCCGAUUAAUUUAUCAUUGUAAUAUUCGAUCCUUCACAGUAUGAGCUGCUGAACGCCAUUAAUAAAGUUUUUUCUUUUUUCCAAAUGUUUCAUUUCGUCUCCGAUGUAAGCGCUACUUGUAUCGUACUUGCGAUGUAGAACGCUAGAUGGCAGGUGACAUCAACGCUUGGCAAUAUCGGUUGUGUUGUGUUGUGGCGCGGGGCUUGCCUGCCGCCAGUCGAGAUCAGAUUGUGUGUCACGAUGGAGGAAGAAUUGCGGUGUCCAGUAUGUAAACAACUGUUCAACAACCCGGUGUUGUUACCGUGUUACCACGCCCUUUGUCUCAACUGUGCGGUUCACCUGCAACAACCUGCCUCACAACAUCCGCCCCCGACGCAGGCGGUUGAACUCGCCAGCGAAUCGGCCGGUGGGGGCGGUGGAAGCACCAGCAGCGGCGGUGGUAGUGAAUUGGGAGCAGCAGAUUAUCAGGAAGUUGAUAAACUCUCGAUUCUGAGCGAAACAGAUAGUGGUGUUGUCUGUAACAGUCGGCCGAACAGCUACGUUGGAACGCCCAACAUUCAAGGUAUCUUGUUUCCACCCUUGGCAAGCAGUGCUUUGUCGUUGGCUUGCCCCGUUUGCCACAAAGUGGUAUAUUUCGAUGAAAACGGAGCUCAUAAUCUGCCCAAGUACAGGGCAAUGCAGAGUAUCGUGGACAAAUAUGGAGAAACACGUAAUUUAACCUUGAAGUGUCAGUUGUGUGAGACUGACCCAGCAGAAGACGCGACUGUCAUGUGCGAACAAUGCGAAGUGUUGUAUUGUGACGCGUGCCGCGAAAAUUGUCACCCAUCCCGAGGUCCGCUGGCGAAACACACGCUUCUGGAACCGCUCCAGGGAAGAGCUGCUCUUCGUAACAAGACCAAGACGAAGGACGUCCAGUGUUCGGAACACGAGGAUGAAGCCCUGUCCAUGUACUGCAUGGUGUGCAAAGUGCCUGUCUGUCCACUCUGCCUCCACGACACACGUCACACCAGUCACGACGUCCAAGCUAUCAACUCAAUGUGCAAGGCUCAGAAGACUGAGUUGUCGCAAAACCUGCAGCAGCUGUCCGAGAAGGCGAGGUCCACAACAGAAUUCAUCCAGAGGCUUAAAGGAAUGACCGACAGAGUGAACGACAACUGUGCCGAUUUCGAGAGUCAGGUGUCUGCUCAGUGCGACGCCCUGGUGGAAGCGAUCCAUCGGCGCAAGCAGGAGCUGUUGGAGUUCAUCAGGCAGAACAAGGAGAUGAAACUGAGAACGCUCAAGGACCAGGUGUCCACGUGUACCUGCAAACUCCAGCACACAACCGGUCUGCUUCAGUUCUGCAUCGAGGCCCUCAAAGAGACAGAUUCUGCCGCUUUCCUGCAGGUUGGUUCCAUGCUAAUAACGAGGGUCGCUAAUGUUGACAUCACUUGGCACAAGGACGUUGUGACGUCACCGAGAAUAUCACACGAAUUCGAUCUCACUUUGGAGGACAAGUCUGUGCUGAGGGCCAUCGAACAACUGAACUUCAUUCAGAUGAAACCUGCCAAAGAUGGAGAGGAAAGGUUACCAGCAGCCCCGAACGCACCAGCCGUUAUCCCCGAGGAAUGCAGUGCCGAGAACAACAGCGUGACUGUUGCCUGGCAGCCCCCGCCGACCUCAUACGUCGAGGGCUACGUCCUGGAGCUGGAUGACGGAAGCGGAGGGGAAUUCAGGGAAGUUUAUUGCGGCAAGGAGACGAUUUGCACUGUAGAUGGUCUCCACUUCAAUUCCAUGUACAACGCGCGAGUCAAAGCUUUCAACAGCACAGGGGAAGGUGAAUACAGUGAAGUCAUCGGGCUUCAGACCGCCGAAGUGGCCUGGUUCACAUUUGACCCAUGCCUUGGUCCGCCAGAACUCCAGUUCUCGGAGGAUAACUGCACAGUUUCGUGUGAGGGCUACGAACACAGAGUAACCCUUGGCAGUGUCGGCUUCUCGCGCGGAGUCCACUACUGGGAGUUUUCGAUCAACAGAUAUGACUCAGACACUGACCCCAGCUUCGGAAUCGCGCGCCUCGACGUUGCCAAGGACCAGAUGUUGGGCAAAGAUGACAAAGGCUGGAGUAUGUACAUAGACAGACAGCGAUCGUGGUUCAUGCACGGGAGUGUCCACGAACAGCGAUCAGAAGGAGGAAUCCAGCCCGGCUCGACUGUCGGAGUUCUACUCGAUCUUGACAGACAUCAGCUCAGUUUCUAUGUGAAUGAAGAACCACAGGGUCCAAUCGCGUUUCAAGACCUGUACGGAGUGUUUUACCCAGCGGUGAGCUUGAAUCGAGGCGUGUCCGUGACCCUGCACACCGCCAUUGAUCCGCCAUCAGACAGCGACGAGAGUUGAGAUGUUACGUAUCUUUCUCUUAGAAGUCCUCUUCUCCUGUACCAGAGUGAGAGAGGGUCUGAUUCAAAACUUGCGAGCUCACCUUUAAUUGUGGAGGACCGAGACUCGCUUCUUGUCGAGUCGGCGUCAGAUGUCGAGGUUCCGUGCUUCUGCGAGACGCGUUGAAAUUCGACGUGAGAAUUUGUUUACGUAGAAAGGGAUAUUUUAUUCGGCGUUUUUAACUCGUGCGUGUGUCCAAGAUGAUCAGUUCAGAAUGAAAAACAGGGAAUAAUUAAGACGCGGUUCUGUAGAAAGAAAAUUGCUCUUGAUAGAUCAAAAAUAUUUUUUAAUUCAAAUUUAAUAUGACCUCGUCUUUGAAUUAUAUUUUUAUUUAUAAAAUAAAAAUUUGAUUGGGAUGGUAUAUUUUCCAUAAUUUGGUGAAUAGUAAUUUGUUUUUUUGUAUACGGCGUCACACAUUAUUCGGAAAACAAUAAAUCAGCUAAAACUUUACAAAAGAAUUAAUUACGUACAAUUUUAUAUUUAAUGAAAUUAAAUUAACGAGCUACGAUACUAUUUGUACAAAUGUAUAUAAAAUCUACGUGAUAAUAUUACGUCUAUUGCAGUACGCAUGCGUGGAGCGUAAAUAAGAGUAUUGGGUUUAAUAUUUAUGCUCCUUCGUUUUGCGAACGGACCUCGAAAUUAGAUAAAAUGAUGACGCACUUAUGUCAGAGUCGAUUGGUUUUGAAAACUCUCUUACGUGCAUCUCCUCGCCCCGUCGCGCUCGACAGAUGACGAUCGUAGUUAUCGAAUCGUCUCGAUAGGCGCGGGGGGUGUGUGAACAGUUCCUUUCUGGCAGCACAUCUAUAUUUAUUGUCAAAUUGAUUUUGGUCUUGCCUGAAAUCGUAUUAGUGUUAUUAAAAAAUUACGUCGUCAGAUUUCUCGUCAUUUGUUUGUGUGGUCGAUGUUUUUUGCGUGAACGUAUGUUAAGUUGUCUGAGCACGAGAUAUCGAAAUAUUUUUGGUCGUUGUACAGUAAGAAAGAAUAAACUACGACUUCCAUAAAACUUAAAUAAUCAAACAGCGAGUAAAUUCAGAAUGGUUUUAAAAUAAAAUAAAAAAUUAACACCCACCUGCAGAAAGUUUUUGAAGUAAUCGCUAAAUAAUCAUUUUGGAAAUGUCGAUCAGAUACUUAAGACAUAUCAGUUUAUCUUAUAAUUACUACAAACAUUAAUACGUUUUGCUGUUACGAACUUUUAAUAUUUGUUUUACAAACAUUAAAAACGUACUUCAUUGACUUCAGUGGUAGAAUAAUACGUUCCAGGAUAAGGGGUCGUCAGAAUGGUGACCUAAUACUUUUCAAUGAAUAAAUUUUACUUAUCAGUGUAAGAGUGAAAAGAUGGUACGAGAAUAGCAAAGACAUUUUCUUGUAAUUUAAUUCCAGUGUGAAUGUCAGAAUUACGAGUAAUUACUCUAAAAAAAAAGUUAAGUGCUUCAACCCUUCUGUCAUUUCUCCAUGUUACUUCAAAUUAUUGAAGGAAAAUUUCCAUCCUGUAUUUCAGAUACGUCUUUAUAUACGAUGUUCUUGUACUAUCUUUUCUCUUCUGAAGCUCUUUGCUAGGCCUAUAUAAUGUAAAAACCAUUCCAUAUCUCAGCUUAUAAUUGUUCAAAUGGUUCUAGAAUACUAUAAUAGAUGGCAGAGUACAGUUUGCUAUGCUGUCUUCUUCUUUUAUUAUUUUUAGUGUCACAGGAAACAGAGGGCAGCAAAGUAUAAUCACUAGCAUUUGAAUGUAGAUGUUUACGGAAGUGAAACUUCUUACUGGUCAGGAUAGAUAUUUAUUCUGUGUAUUGUUAAAAAAAAAUAUGUAAAUAUGAGUGUAAAAACCACAGUGGAAUGAAAAAUCUAAGCAUUUAAUACAUCACUCCCAUAAAUGUGAUGAGUUGCCAAAUCCAGGCUCUCUGUUGUGUUUCAUCAUAUUAUUUUCAUAUAGUGGAUCUUAGAAGUGAAAUUUCGUGAGGUAAGAAAGAAAUGUGUGAGUAUAAAUAAAUUGUCUGUUUUUAUUAUUAAUUAAAUUUUAAAAUACCAUAAUUUAUUUGCUGUCUACUGGUUACACCAAAGAAUUCAUGGUUGGUUUAUCAGCUCUAGUUGACAUGAUUGAUUUGAAGACACAACACAGUUCCAAAGGCCAUUACACAAAACGACUGACAGACUUUCUUAAAGUAAUUAUUUUCGAAGAGAAAUAAAAUUUUGUAAUAUAUUUUUCUCUUGUCACCCUACUCCAAAGUUCCACACAUAUUUGCUAAAUAUUCUGAAAGUAACAGAAGAUGGAUGACUGAUGGAACAUAAGAAUUAUGGACAGAUUUAACAAACUGAGUGUACAGCAUAUGAAAUUCAAAACAUUUUGACUAACUACAAAAGGCCAGAUUUAUUUGAGGUUAUUGUGUCACAGUGAUUAGAAUGGUCAUUGUCGAGACCCCGUAUAAUUGUUUCAUGAUUGGACAGCUUAGAACUCUGUAGUAAAUCUAGCAAAUGAAAGUUAAUAUUGAUUUUAGGUUCGUAUCUGUUCUCAGUUGUACGUUCUUUUCCAAUUUUAAGGUUAGGAAUUCCAAGGUUAAGUUAAAUGAGACGACCUUCAUUUCAGGAAAAAAAAGUUCAGUUACUUCCUCACAAAAUUUUAAUCCUCAUUCAUUGUUUUGACAGGCAUAGGAGUCACAAAUCAAGCCAAUCUCCAUUUCUUAAACCAAUUUAACUAAAUUUUUACACAAAUGGUGAAAGCAUCAUUGCAUGAAUAGUUGUAUGAUGUAAUGAUUUAUGUGCAGAUGUGUACAUUUAUAUUUAUUGAAAUCAUGUCUUAUUGAUUAAAAAUAUUAUAUUUAAAGAAAGAAGCAA